AUGUCCAGCAUUCCAGAAGAUCUGUUCCUUCAAAUCCUUAAAAGGGUACCCGUGAAAACCACACUUGUAUGCAAAUGUGUGUGCAAGAAAUGGUUAGAUCUAAUUUCUACUUCUGAGUUUAUUAAAAUGCAUCUUGAUUUUAAUAUCCAAAAGAAGAACUAUAAUCUCAUGCUUAAGAAUACUGUUAACGAGUUUAGCAAGUCUUGGCUAUUGCAAUCCAUAAGUUAUGAUUCGCUAUCAGCAACAGGUAGAAAUGCAUGUCAAGAUGGUGUUGUUCAAAUGGAUUGCCCAUUCAAAUCUGAAGAUUAUUGUGUUACAUUGAGAUGUUCGUAUCAUGGUUUGGUUUUCCUAUGUUUUUCUGAUUUUCGUACCAAAACAAUCUUGUGUCUUUGGAACCCAGCAACCACUGAAUUCAAGAUAAUUCCCGAACCACCGCGUGUAGAUUUCAAGGACAUAGAAAGGUUAGAUUACUCUGACAUCCAUACUUUAGGUUAUCAAUUCCCUGACAUCUAUAGUAUAGGUUAUGAUCAGAAGAUGGAUGAUUACAAGUUGGUCAAACUCUUAAUUGGAGGAAAGAAUACUGUAGUCCAUAUUUAUACGUUGGGAUCGAAUUCUUGGAAAUGCAUCGGAACCAUUCCCUAUAAGUUUCCUUAUCAUAGCGGCCGGUCUGGGGAGAUCGUUAGUGGAGCUCUUCAUUGGUUAAUCAAAACAGCUACCAACUUCAAGGCUAUAGUCUCAUUUGACGUAGCCGAAGAGAGAUUUCAAGAAUUUCAACUACCAGAAAAUUUUCUGGAAAAGAAGGAAUCGCUCAAUUGUAACACUUGUUUGGCAGACUGUGAAGGUUAUCUCUGUUUACUUGUAAAUUCUGAUAACUAUCAAUUUGAUGUAUGGGUUAUGCAGGAGUAUGGAGUUCACAAAUCAUGGGCUAAGCUUUCUUCCAUUACCCUAACAUUUGUUGCGGGAGAAUCCUUUUACUCGAGGAAUCAUGUAUGGAGUUCAGAUAACAGUUCACGUACGCUUAGGCUUAUGUGUUAUUUCAAGAACGGUAAAAUUUUGUUUGGGUUUUGCGGUGAUCUGAUUCUGUAUGACCUGGAGAGAGAAACAUAUGAACGUAUUCGAACGCUGGUAGGUAAUGUGGAAAAAUAUGUUGAAAGCCUUGUCUCACUUAAUUCUAGUACUUACAUGAGCAAAUUGAAAACUCGAGGCGUUAACUUGAAACUUAAAGGAAAGGAUAUUGUAAGUGGUUGGUAG